GCUUUUACGUUCCCAUUUUGAAUACAGGUUAUAGGAUCAUAGUCGCUGAACUCAACCUACAUUGGUUAUAAAACAUGCAAAUACCCGCCAAAUAAAAUGUAAUUAAGCGGGAAUUAAUUUCUAUGGCGACGCGAAAAGAAGGAAAGAAAACGAGCAACAGUUCAAAGCCUGAAAAUGAUCAAGUUUCCCAUAUUUCUUCUCCUCCAGACUCUGCUCCCUCAAUGGCCCCACGUACCAAUCCCAAACCUAGAAGCAUUGGUUUUGAUUCAGCCGUUACUAAAAAACUGAAACAUAAUUCCCCCAAUAUGGGAAAUAAUAAAAAGACGAGGAAACCCUCAUUGGAUUCCUCUUCCCCCGCCAACGUAAAUAGUAAAGAGACCAUGCAAAAUAAAGACGAAACUGACGGUGGUUCACCAACAUCAGUACAUGAAGCACACAUCCAAUCAACCUCUUUAUCUGCUUUCCCCCUUGUUUUGAGAGAUGAGUCUGAGUUGCUGCAAUCAUUGUGGAAUACGGCAGUGGAAGAAUCGUACGCACAACUUACUUCUGAAGAAAUUUUCAAAGCAGUAUCAGUUAACGUGGAACUCAUAAAGAAACGUUUGAAAGAGUUAUCAAUGAAAAAUACUGGGAAGGGAGAAACAACGAACAAGAACACAAUAAAGGAAGGGAUUGAGAUAUCUGAGGCAGUGUCUCUUUUGAAGUUGGAGAGAAAUUCAUUAUUCUCUGAAAUUGAGAUGGCAGGGCAAAAGGCUCGAAGGGCAGCAACUUUGAUGAUUCAAGCACAAAUGAUGUCUAGCAAAGCAAGUGAACUACUUGCUCAGAGCAAAAAAAUACUACAAUCUGUCGACCUUUAAAUAUGUUUUAUAACUAUGAUGUAUGAAUAUUUGAUACUAUAAUCCAUUUAUUAUAAAAAUAUACAUAUAGGUAUCUGUAUUCAUAGCAUAAUAAAUGUUAAUUAUAACUUUGAUUAAAUUUCAUAAAUCAUAACAAAUA